AUGGGCGUCGCGAUCGGCUCUCUAACAAGUCAUAUCCAAACCGCCAUCAAGGACUGCUCAAGGCAAAUGCCAGAGUCAGACAACCAACGCUGGGCACUACCACCAGAUGCCAGAGACUUGUUAAGACGCAAGAACGCGGCUACCCGAGCUCACGAUUUGUAUCCCACCGAAUCGAACCGAAAACAGCUACGUAAAUUACAGCGUGAAGUAAAAACACGCAUAGCUGCCAUCCGGAACGAACGGUGGGAUUCAACGCUUAGAAACAUAAAGCCAUCACAUUUAGCAUUCUGGAAGCUUCCCAAGUCACUUAAAGGCGACACGUACUCAACGAUGCCGCCAUUGUCGCGCCCAAAUACAACACCAGCUAUGCUGGACGAAGAGAAAGCCGAAUGUCUUGCAGACAGCCUCGAGGCCCAGUGCUCCCCCAGUAGCCUACCGGUCGACCCUGACCACCUACGGAGGGUAAACAGCGAGGUCGACCGGAGGAAAAACGAACCCCUUCUCGACUCAAUUCCUCCGGUUACUAGCGACGAAGUCGAGGAACUAAUUAAAAAUCUACGUCCACGCAAAGCUCCCGGCUCAGAUGGCAUCACCAAUAGGGUGGCGAAACUAUUUCCAGUUGCCAUUAUACAACUUCUUGUAGCCAUUUAUAAUGCGGCAAUGACCAAAGGCGUCUUUCCCAGCGAGUGGAAGGACGCUGAAGUCAUAGGGUUCCUCAAACCCUCAAAGCCACCUUCCAAUCCCACGUCUUAUCGCCCCAUAAGCCUUCUCAAAACCCUUGGGAAGAUUUAUGAAAGAUUAAUAUUAGCUCGCCUUCGCACCUUUAUGGACACAAAAGGCAUGCCUAUUGCGGAACAGUUUGGCUUUCGCGCCAAACAUUCAUGCACCAAUCAAGUGCACCGCAUCACGGAGCACAUACUUGUCAAACGCCAACGUGGCCUUAGCACCGGAGCUAUCUUCCUCGACGUAGCGAAAGCGUUCGAUAAAGUAUGGCACAACGGGCUUAUAUACAAGCUAUAUGAGCACGGAGUACCCGACCGUCUCGUAUGCAUAAUACGAGACUUCCUAAGUAAUCGCACGUUUCGCUACCGCGUCGAGGGAGUGUGCUCACAAUUGCACCCCGUUCGAGCCGGGGUGCCCCAAGGUUCGGUAUUAGGGCCAGUUCUCUUUACCCUAUACACCAAUGACAUUCCCCGCGUACACGGUGUAGAGCUAGCUCUAUUCGCCGAUGACACCUGCGUAUACACAUCUGGACGUUCCCCCGAUGCUAUAUGUCGACGUCUCCAAACCGCUGCCAACACGUUAGGUGCCUGGUUUCGGAAAUGGAGGAUCGAAAUUAAUCCUAGCAAAAGCGCGGCGCUAUACUUUUCACGCCAGAAAGGUACUGCUCUUCCGUCCAUUAAACUCUUGGACAGCCCAAUACCUUGGGAAGACCAAGUUAAAUACUUAGGUGUCAUACUUGACUCUAAACUUAACUUCUCCGCUCACGUGACCCGGGUGAUUCAAAAUAGAUUCUUGCGUAGAGCCACGGGAGCCCCGUGGUACAUGCGCAACAGCAAUCUUCAUAUAGAUUUGGACUUGCCCACCAUUGCCCAACACCUGAAGUUGGCGUCGCGUCGUUAUUUCGACUCUGCCGUCGGUCAUCCUAAUCCGCUUGUUGUAGUUGCCGCCACCUACAAUCCAAUCGCGCUCGCUUUUUCCUCAGUUGCAGAUUCUGGUGUAUCGAAAUCGGGGGCUUACAAGUAUGAAGAUGGGACCCGAUACGUAGGCGACUGGAACUCGAAGGGUCAGAAGCAUGGCAUGGGUCAUUUGUUACUGCCAGACGGGACGAGGUAUGACGGUUGCCUGGCUAGUGGCAUGUGCUCCGGACUGGGCGUUAUGGCAUUCCCAGAUGGCGCCAAAUACGAAGGCGAGUUUAUGCAGGGCUGGUUCCACGGUCACGGUGUAUUCUGGCGAGCGGAUGGUAUGAAGUUCGAAGGAGAGUUCCGAGGUGGUCGUGUUUGGGGCUUAGGCCUGGUGACCUUCAGUGAUGGAAGCAAUGGAUUCCCUAGAAACGAAGGUUUCUUCCAGGACUGUAAGAUGGUGCGGCGCAAACGUUGCCCCGAAGUUGUGCAGAGGGCACAAAAAGUUGCUUACAUGGCGAGGGCGCAAUGCCAACAAGUGUAACAAGACAAAUCCUUGUAAGAAAUCUUUUCCUCCUGUAUGUUGUCGGUGCCAUAUUUUAAACGGACGCCAGCACUUCUGUUGACUAAUGUCGGUCAUUCGAACCGAUCGUACCUAGUCUUGUUUUAUGAAAAUAUCAUACAAUAACACAGCAUUGUGAUGUAUUUUUGGAUGUAAACGACAUGCGACUCGUGACACUGAGGUGAGACAAAGGCCAAUGGGUCUUAUUGUAUGUUUAGCCACUAAAGCCUCUGAUAUACAGGGGCGACAUCCGACAAAUACGAACUUAGUACGAGAAAGAAUAAUUUCUGGAUUCUAAAAAACUUAUUGUCAAUACUCUUUAUGACAUGCGUGUAACAGUUCCACUUGCUAAUUUUC